AUGGUGGUUGCACUUCCCGUCGACGCCUGUUCUUCACUCCGGAACCCAAGCUCUGCCGUACGGGGCGCUGUCGUACUGGCGCGCGUUGGCCAAUGCGAUUUGGCGCAAAAGGCAGUGAAUGUCAAUGCAGCCGGUGCGGCGGCGCUGAUACUAAUCCAGGAUUUGUCAAACAGUCUCCUAGAGCUGCCGUCGCCUGUAGACAGCAACAACAGCCUCGUGGUAGAUUCACUUGCCUUAUCCAUGGUGGAUUCGUCCGUUGGACUUUGGAUGGUGGGAUUUAUUUAUGAAGGUGGCAAACUCAAUCUCACAUACCGCGAGGUUUGGCUCCGUGGCCUCUCCGUGCAUAACGGCCGCUUGGAAAUCCCCUUGGUUUCUCCCCCCCCAACGAUAAAUGCAGAUGGCCGCAUCAAGCCCGACAUCAUCGCCCCAGGAUUCAUCAUUACGACUACGUCCCCGUCCACUAGACGGAGCUCCUGUAAUUCACAAGAAUACUCGGGGACAUCGGCAGCGACUCCUCUGGCCGCUGGUCAUGCAGCACUCUUGCGGCAGUACCUCAGGAAUGGCUUCUACCCAACUGGCGCCCGGAACGAUUCGACCUCUGCGCCAUUCACGCCCUCAGGCAUACUCCUCAAGCCCCCUCGCUCUCCCUUCGUGGCUCUCGAUGGCUUUUCCUCUUCCAAAAGAAAUUCCCGACAACUGCAAUUUUGCAUAUUCCGCAAUAAAGUCAAACUAAUAAAAAUUCUGAAAUUAAAAUUAAGCGAUGUUGUUUGCAUCUCGCCUAUCCGGAUACCGUCAGGCGCUCCUCAUCGCGGGUGCCAAGUCCUUGGAGCUUUCAAUCAGAGCGACCUUCUGAGUUGUCUUGACCUUUGCCGUACACUGCCGUACCGUGUCGUACUGCGUCGUACUCUCUACUCCCAUUCUAUAUGUCCGCAGGGCGGCUGGGCGUUAAACGCGGGCGUCCAGAUGGGCCGCGGUCCCGACGGCUACCAGGGCUGGGGCCGCCUCAACCUGGCUGGCUCCCUGCCAUUGCGAGGCUUUACCGACCCACGGGUCCGUCUGCAGCUGGUAGACCGCGGAGAGUUCACGGCUGCCGGGCAGUCCGUAAGCGUGGGCGGCAUUACCGCCACCGGAACAGGCCCCGUAACAGCGGUCCUGGCCUACUACGACUACCCAGGCGACCCAAACUCCAUGUCAGUGCUGGUCAAUAAUUUGGAUCUGGAGCUGCUGGUAAACGAUGUCGCCUAUUUAGGCAACAGCGAAAUUAAUUCGGCCAACCCGCGACCCGACGUGGUAAACACAGUGGAGCGGGUCCGCCUGAAUGCACCGCCUGCGGGCGCGUCGCUUCGAAUCCGAGUGAGGGCAGCUUCGCUGCCAUCCCGGGAGCUUGAUCCGAGCAGGCCGCAGCGCUGGGCGGUGGCGGUGGUGGGCCAUUUCGAGGGCAACCUGCAAUCAAAUUUGAAUCCUGCCUGGCUCAAGUUGAUGUCGCCGAAGCCGCCGCCGCUACCGGUACGUCAUCUGUUCGUACCGAUUGGGUUGGGGCAGCCCCCGUGUCCGCGUCGCGUUGUUUCAUUUUAG